AUGCAGGACCAGAUCGAUGGGUUGAUGAAACACAUCAAAGCACAAACUCCUGCCACGGUAGAAGAGUUGGUGCAGAAUACAGAUUCACCCUUCACAUCUGAGAUAGAGGAAGCCGACAACAGCGUGAGCAUAACUGCGUAUAUAGCUGGACUGUAUUCAAGACAGUUUCUAUACCUUCUAUCUCAAGAACCACCCAAAACCCUGACAGAAUUUAUGCUUAGAGCACAGAAGCACAUGAAUACAGAGGAAGCCGUCUACGCAAGGCGUUCCCAUGAUAGUUUUGAUCCCCAUGCAGGGCCAUCACAGCCUGGAAAGCUAAGGACUGAUCCUAACAGGAGAACUAAAGACAAAUACUGCAGGUUCCACAGAGACCAUGGUCACAACACGGAUGACUGCAUUGACUUAAAGCAGCAGAUCGAGGAACUGAUCCAAAGAGGCAGACUUCAACAUUUUGUAACGAAGAAGUAUCAGAAGAUAUCCAUGAGGGAUGAUACAAACAAGCAAGGAAAAGAUGCCACGGCUCCCCGAUCAGGUCCCAUUGGAGAGAUCAAAGUCAUCCAUGGAGGACUUGCCGGAGGUGGAGAGUCUAGCAAUGCCAGGAAAGCUCACCUCAGGAAACUGAGAACGGAGGAAUAUUUGGAGGUCAACACAGUUGGCCGUCCAAGUAAAUUCCAAAAAAAAGAGGAAAUACCCAUCAUUUUCUCAGAAGAAGACAUUAAGGGAAUUCAAGUUCCUCAUGAUGACCCCCUGGUUAUAACCAUUGUCAUGGCCGACUACCUCACGAGAAGAGUAUUAAUAGACAGUGGAAGCUCAGUCGAUAUUCUCUACCUCCAUGCAUAUGAUCAACUAAAAGUUGGACAAGAAAGACUAAGGCCUUUGACUUCACCGCUGGUUGGAUUUGCAGCAUAUAAUGCGAUAUUGGGGAGGACGACCCUAAAUAAGAUUAGGGCAAUAAUCUCCACGUAUCAUCUGAUGAUGAAAUUCCCAACACCGGAAGGAAUUGGUUGCAUCAAGGGAGAUCAGAAGGCAGCACGAGAAUGUUACGUCACCUCACUUAAAGGAACAAACAUCACGAUGAGCAUAGAAAGCCUCGACACACGGGACGCAGAAAAACUCCAGCAUGGAGAACCUGUGGAAAAGCUCCUAGAAGAACUUCUGGAGCCAGAUCUACAAGGGAGGACUGUGAGGAUUGGAUCGGGGUUGAGCACAGAAGCAAAGGCAGAACUGUUACAAUUCCUGAGAGAUAACAAAGACGUCUUUGCAUGGUCCCACGAGGGCAUCCCAAAAAUUGACCCAAGGGUCUUAUCUCACAAACUGAACGUGGACCCCACAAUACUACCUGUUAGGCAAAAGACAAGGACUUUUGCUCCAAAAAGGAACGAAGUUGCAGCCAAUGAGGUAGACAAACUAGUACAAGUAGGAUCUAUCCGUGAAGUUCUCUACCCCGAUUGGUUAGCCAACGUGGUUAUGGUAAAAAAGGCCAGCGCUGGGCAUGAGCUCCUGAGCUUCAUGGAUGCAUUCUCAAGAUAUAACCAAAUCCAAAUGCAUGAAGAAGACAAAGAGAAAACCUCGUUCAUAACUGACAGGGGAUUAUAUUGCUAUAAAGUAAUUCCCUUCGGUCUUAAAAAUGUAGGGGCGACAUACCAAAGGCUGGUCAACAAAAUGUUCAAGCAACAAAUAGGACGCAAUGUGGAAGUAUACGUGGACGACAUGCUAGUCAAGAGUGCCAAGGCACGAGAUCAUGUGACAGACUUGAAAGAAAUCUUUCAAGUCCUGAGGAAAUACCAAAUGAGGCUUAACUCGACGAAAUGUGCUUUCGGGAUCUUCUCAGGAAAAUUCUUAGGCUUUAUGGUUUCUCAAAGAGGCAUUGAAGCAAACCCUGAAAAAAUCCAGGCUAUCCUCACCAUGAGCUCACCUCAGAACAUAAAGGAAGUCCAGAAACUAACAGGACGUGUCGCAGCACUGAGCAGGACCCAAGAUGAAGAGGACCUAUAUUUAUACCUUGCUGUCUCCCCUCACGCCGUCAGUGCAGUUUUGAUACGAGAAGAGCAGGGGACACAACUCCCAAUAUAUUAUACCAGUAGGGCUUUACGAGGAGCUGAGCUGAGAUAUCCCAAGGCUGAGAAGAUAGCCUUUGCAAUGGUGAUAGCAGCCAGAAGGCUACGGCCAUACUUCCAAGCUCACUCAAUUAAAGUACUAACAGACCAACCACUUCGAAGGAUCCUCCAUUGUCCAGAAACAUCAGGACGAUUAAUUCAAUGGUCAAUAGAGCUUGGCAAGUUCGAUAUAGAAUACAAGCCUUGGAUUGCUGUGAAAGCACAAGUACUCGCCGGCUUCCUCGCAGAAUACACGUAUCCAGAACCGGAAGAACUCCCCAAGGAAGAACUUAAACUUUGGGUCCUUCAAGUUGAUGGAUCAACAACUAAAAAAGCAAGUGGAGCUGGUCUGAUUCUAACAUCCCCAAAAGGACAACGCCUGAGCUACACGCUCAGGUUUAAGUUUCAAGCAACCAACAACGAGCCUAAAUACAAAGCUCUCGUUGUGGGUUUGGAGCUGGCUAAGGCCGUAGAUGCUAAUCACGUGUUGGCCAAAAGUGAUUCACAAUUGGUCGUAGGACAAGUCCUAGGAGAAUACGUUGUAAAGGAAGAGGUAGUGCAAAAGUAUUUGGAUAAAGUCAAGUCCCAAAUUGCAAGACUUCAAAGCUUUAAUAUCAUCAGAAUCCCAAGGGAAGAAAAUACUGAAGCCGACUAUCUAUCAAAAUUGGCCACGGCCAAGGAAGAUGCCAUUCCACGGAAUGCACCAAUACGAUAUUUGGAGUUGCCAUGCAUCUUUGCCCUAGGCAUACGAGUCCAAGCUAUCGACUACAGCAAUUCUUGGAUGAGUCCCAUCGUUGAAUACAUAAAAAAUGGGGCGCUACCAAACGAUUAG